AUGAAAACAUACAAAUUGGAAGACUUCAACAACAAGGAUCACAGGGACAAAAUGAUCCAGGCAUUCAACAAGGCAGUGGUAAUACCAACAGAAACAGUCUAUGGAUUAGCAGGAAGAAUAGACAACGAGACUGCUCUACGAGACAUUUACACAAUCAAAGGAAGAGCAUCAGACAAUCCACUCAUUCUCCUGGUUUCAAACAGAAAGAUGCUCAAGACAGUCAUCAAAGGUGAGAUCCCGCCCAAAUAUCAGAAACUGAUUGAUCUGUUUUGGCCUGGUCCACUGAGUCUCAUUUUCAUGGCAGAUGAAACUCUGAGUUCAACUGUACGCGGAUCCUCUUUGAAGACCGUAGCCAUCAGAAUGCCUGAAAACAAGACACUUUUGGAACUGAUUGACGUGAUUGGUGUUCCAUUGGCCGCACCAUCAGCCAAUACAUCUGGUCAGCCCAGUCCUACUGAAGUAUCACAUGCUCAAAAUGAUCUAAAGAACAAGGUUGAGACGUACAUUGAUGGUGGAAAGUGUUCAUUUGGGUUGGAAUCAACUGUAUUCAUGGGACUUGGUGAUGAAAAUGUCAUUUUGCGACCUGGUUCAAUAACACCAGAACAAAUUGAAAUGGCACUGGGUGAAGAAGUGAGAAUCAAAAACAAGGCAGAUGGCACCGUGGUGAUUUGUCCUGGUACAAAAUACACCCACUAUUCACCAAAGGUUGAUGUGGUGCUCUUUAUUGGAUCGAAUUGGUUGCAAAAUAUGAUUAGAGAAGUCAAUAGGACUGAUCAGGUUGUAGGCGUGAUGGCAUCAGAGGAUGUGCUGGAUCAAUUUGAUCAGAUUAAAAAUGUGAAGAUGUUCAAUAUGGGAAGCAGUGUGAAAAUGUGUGCAUCAAACUGCUUUAGUGGAUUCAGGAAGUUGGAGAACGAGGUAGAAAUCAUUUUCGUACGUGGAUUUGAGCAGAAAGGAGAAGGCUGUGCCAUUAUGGAUCGGCUUGAAAAAGCAAGCAGUAAAAUAGUCGAAUGA